CUCUGCAGCGACAGCGACCAGCCAUGCAGUCGCGCGGCGGACGCCCGGCCGCGGCCAUGGACGCGGUGCUGCUGCUGCUGGCCUCGGCGUGCCUCCUCGCCGGCGUCCUGCUGCACCUCUUCUACCGCAGGCGCUACUCGCACUGGCGGAGGCGCGGCGUGCCGGGCGCCGAGCCCAGCUUCCCCUUCGGCAACUACGGCGCGGUCGCGGGCGGCCGCGCCAACUUCCUGCAGGUCACCAACAGCCUGGCGGCCGCCCACCGCGGCGUGGGCUACUGCGGCGCGUUCCGCUGGCACAAGCCCGUGCUGCUCGUGUGGGAGCCCGAGCUGGUCAGGCAGGUGCUGAGCGCCGACUUUGCCAGCUUCCACGACCGGGGGCCGCCCGCCGACCGGGGGGACCCGAUGAGCCAGACGCUGUUCAACAUGGACGGGCAGCGGUGGCGGAACCUCAGGAGCCGGCUGACGCCCGCCUUCUCGUCGGCCAAGGUGAGGGGCAUGCUGCCGCUGAUGCUCGACGUCGCGCGGGAGCUCGUCAGCCAGACGGCCCUGGAGGCCGAGAGGAGCCCGCAGCACGAGGUCGACAUGGGCCGGCUGCUGUCGCACUUCGCCACGGACGUGAUCGGCUCGGUCGCCUUCGGCAUCCAGUGCAACACGCUCCGCGACCACGACAACGAGUUCCUCGCCAUGUCCAAGAGGCCCUUCCAGCAGACGCUCCGCAGGCUGGUCCGCCACGCGCUCAUCGCCAUCCACCCGAGGCUGGGCGCGCUCCUGCCCUUCAAGAGGAUCUUCCCGGACGUGCACACCUUCUUCAUCGACCUGAUGAAGGACACGGUGGAGCAGCGCGAGCGGCACAAGGUGGUGCGCAAGGACUUCGUCCAGCUCAUGCUGCAGGCGCGCUCCGCCGAGCUGGCCGACGCGGACGACCCGGAGCACCACAUCGAGCUCACGCCCGAGGUGAUGGCGGCGCAGGGCUUCAACUUCUUCUCCGCCGGCCUCGACACCUUCGCGAACACGGUCGGCUUCACUCUCAACAGGCUGGCCGGCGACGAGGAGCUGCAGGACCGGGUGGCGGCCGAGGUGCGGCGGGUGGCCGGCGAUGAGCACGCCGCCGGCGAGCUGUCGUACGACGCGCUGCAGGGCAUGGACCUGGUCAAGCGCGUGGUGCUGGAGGGCCUCCGGCUCUGGUCGCCGCAGGACGUGCUCGUGCGUCGGUGCAACGCGACCACCCGCGUGGGCGACCUGACCGUCGAGGAGGGUCGCGAGGUCCUGGUCGUCGCCAGCGUCAACAACACGGACGAGGACAUCUUCCCGGAGCCUGCCCGCUUUGACCCGGACCGGCACACGGCCGAGAACCGGAAGCGGCGGCACCCCUACGCCUUCCUGCCCUUCGGCGAGGGCCCGCGCGCGUGCAUCGCCGAGCGCUUCGCCCUCCUCGAGAUGCAGCUGGCCCUGGCGGUCCUCGUCCGGGCGUUCCGCUUCUCGCCGGGGCCCCGCUACGAGAGGGAGGUCCAGCUCGACACGAAGACGAUUUUCCACUCGCCGAAGAACGGCUUCCCCCUCAAAGUCGAAGUGCGGCAUUUCGACAAAUGACGUUUCAAAGUUUAUCCAGAAACCAAAAAAUGACGUUUUAAGUUCAUCCAGGAACCAGAGAACGUGAAGUCAUGAAGUGUCGCUUAAUGGUGUAGGCGGUGUAGGCGGAUCUCAAGACGAAUCAUCCAGAGCAUAGUGGGAGUGGGACUCUACCCCCGUGUUAAAUUUCUUUUCAUAAUUAAUAUAAGAAGCGUGUAUGCAUCGAUUCAAUUUAUUGCUAAAUAUCAGCACAAGUCAAUAUUGUGUUUCUCAGAAAUGCUAUUUCAGACAAAAUGAUUGAAUCGAAUUGAAUACUGUCACUGUGCACGAGCUUGUGCCUCCUCGUUGCAAAGAACGAAUAUACUGCAGUAUGUAAAAAUAAAUUUCACGAAAAAAGAUGUCUGAUAUUAAA